GGCAUAUAGAGAAGUGCAGAGGAGAGCAACAGGCAGUCGUCUCUGGAGAGAGUCUGAGAGAAAUGCUCAGUCCACUGACAACAACUCAAAAUCUGGACAGUAAGGAAGAGGGAGGUUUUUCAUACUGCUGCCUGCCCUGGGGCCUCAUAAAUAAUCUGCCUUCCUCACAGCUAUGCCUGGACCACAAACUAAACAAAGGAAAAAGUUUAUUUACUACAUGUAGUCUGAUUUGCACAUGUACACUGUAAUUUAUCUAUACCUGACCAUCUUUAACCUGCUGGACUCAAGAAUAAAACUUACAGGUUCCUCACUGUCCUGUCUUUUUUAACUUGUGGAAGUUGUAAUUCUUUAACAGGAGUUUAACUUGACAAGAUGCUGCCAAUUUUCUUCGUGACAUGGUGGGUUGGGGCGUUCCUUGGAAUCGUAGGAGGUCAGUCCCAAUCUCAGCAACAGUCCCAGACUGAGGACUCAAACCCCUGGAGACAGAGGAUUCAGUGGGAGAAUAAUGGACGUGUAUACAGUCUUCUCAACAGUGGGGCAGAAUAUGUCCCUGCUCAGGCUCAUGAACGAGACAGGAACCACAGAGUUUUUCUAGCUGAUGCUCCCAACCAUAGAUCACAGGGUGGGAAUGUUCGCAGGCAAGCACCUUCUAGAGGAAUCUCCGAGACUUUGAGAGGUCAAGCCAGACAUCCUUUUGGAUUCGGGCAGGUGCCGGACAACUGGCGUCAAGGUACAGCAGGGGCAAGUGAAACAAGUCGCUUCCAGUCAUCUCCCAGCACUCGCUUUAGAGUGUCCUCUGGCUCAUCCUCCUCCUCAUCAUCCUCUUCUUCAUCCUUAAACGUUCCAUCUUAUCCACAGUUCCCAUUACCUCAACAGCCUCCUUAUGGUUCUCCCUAUGACUCAGGUUUGGACAGGGCGUAUGAACCACCCUUCCGUGGAAUAGGGUUUUCUUCAGGCACUAGUGGUGGCUUCACUGGAGGAGGGUAUGGAGGGGGUGCAUACUCUACUGGCAGUUUUGGAGGAGGAAGCUAUACAGGAGUGGGUCCAGCACCUGACGAGAGGUAUCGCCACUUUCCCCCUCACAGUCAGCCAUACCCAGCUCUUCCUGCCCAACCUGAACAGCCACAAAUCGCAGAUGGAUUGGACCACAGAUACACACAAAGUCUGUACAAUGAGGACAAUCGAGAUGCUGGUAAUGCUGCAGUACCUGUCUCUAAUGGUGCACCGACCAGUAUGGGGUCAGCAGCAUACCAGCCUGCAGUACAAAGUCCUCAGUACGAGCAGUUCCCACCCUUCGGAAGGCCCCAGCCACAGCCUCCAUUCAUGCAACCACCUCCACGGAACCCUCUCGUCUCCAACAAUGCAGAGAGCACCAGCAUCAAUGUCGGGAGUGUUUAUCGUCCGCAGCAAAGAGGUUUACCUGACCUGGUUCCUGACCCAAACUAUGUGCAAGCUUCUACAUACAUUCAAAGAGCCCACAUGUACUCCUUGCGCUGUGCUGCAGAGGAGAAAUGUUUGGCCAGCUCGGCCUACAAUGAUGAUACAACAGACUAUAAUGUCAGGGUUCUUCUGCGGUUCCCUCAAAGAGUGAAGAACCAAGGGAUGGCUGAUUUCAUGCCCAACCGACCUCGACACACCUGGGAGUGGCACAGCUGUCACCAACAUUACCACAGUAUGGAUGAGUUCAGUCACUAUGACCUGCUAGAGGUGAGCACUGGCCGUAAGGUGGCAGAGGGACACAAGGCGAGCUUCUGUCUGGAGGACACCACCUGUGACUUUGGUCACCUGAAACGUUACGCUUGUACUUCACAUACCCAGGGUCUCAGCCCAGGUUGCUAUGACACAUACAAUGCAGAUAUUGAUUGUCAAUGGAUUGACAUCACUGAUGUUCAGCCAGGAAACUAUAUACUGAAGCUCCAGGUUAACCCUAAGUACUUGGUGCUGGAAUCUGACUUCACCAACAAUGUAGUAAGGUGCAAUAUCCACUACACAGGGCGCUUUGUCAAAACAACAAAUUGCAAAAUCUCCCAGUCAUGAUUUGCCAUGUCUGGGCAGCUUAGUGUGGAGGAAUCUCCAGUGGAGUGCUGUUCCAUUGCAAUGUGAAUGGAAUUUCUGGUGUUAUUGUGAUUGUUUAUUGUAUUUUUUUUGGUUCUUGUUUAUGUGCUUUUACAGUCCUGUUAGCCCAUUGUGAACCUGGGUUCAGCUUGUGCCAAGAGGAAUGAGCACACAUACUGACACACACACUCAUUCAAACACACACAUACACACACACAUGUUGGUGUGGUUAUCCUUAUGAGGACUCUCCAUAGACAUAAUGAUUUUUAUACUGUACAAACUAUAGAUUCUAUACCUUAAGCCAAACCCUACCCCUAAACCUAACCCUCACAAAAAACGUUUUGCAUUUUUACAUUUUCAAAAACUAUUUAAUUUAGUAUGUUUUUUAAGUGAUUUGAAUUAUUGGAACACUAGAAAUGUCAUCAUAAACCACAAAUAUAGCAUAAUACCCUUGUAAUUACCAGUUUUUAACCUAAAAAUAGAUGUCACCCAAACCUGCCCACGCACAUACAACACACUGAGUUAUUCCAUAGUCCACAGCACAUGGCAGACCAACGUUUGUUUUCUAUGCAGCCAACACAUUAACCCCCAUUUUUCAUUAAAGACACACACACACACACACACAUACACACACAUGUUGGUGUGGUUAUCCUUAUGAGAAAUCUCCAUAGACAUAAUGAUUUUUAUACUGUACAAACUAUAGAUUCUAUACCCUAAGCCAACACAGCCAACACAUUAACCCACAUUUUUCAUUAAAGACACACACACACAUACACACACACACACACACACACACACACUCCCCAAUUACUGUAAGUCUAAAUCCUUUAAGACCCCAUGAAAUUGGCAAUAUGACCAUGCAGGAAAUCGACAUGCUGCUUCCGAAUGUCAAUGUACCCUAAAAUCAACCCAGUUUCCAAAAUUACUGAGAAGCGUGCCAUGAAAAGCAUGGCGUGUUCAAACAUGUUCACCCUUCUCUGUGGCGCUACUGAUACUCCUAGACACAAUUGAAACCAAGAAGUAAUCGUGUUCACUUUGAAACACAGGUUCUGGUCCCAUGGAAACCAGGAAGUAAUCACAUUCCCAUAAACAAUGGUGAAUGCUAUUCGGAGGUUAUAUUUUUACUCUACUGAUGGUUAGGUUUAGGGUUGGGUUUGGGUUUGGGUUUGGGUUAGGGAGUAGGGUCAAUAAAAUAUGCAUUCUUGUUGACCUUUGGAUAAUUUACAACAAAAAAUACAACUCGCUUUUUUUUGCCAUGCUGUUGACAUUUCAACUAAAUAACUCUUCCAGCUUCGACCGCUUUGAAAAAAGAAAGAAAAUACAUUUGGCUUGAGUCAUGAUUUGCUACUUGUUUUUGGCAGGGGCAGGUGGUAUUAGGGAAAUUAUCAUUCUAGAAGCAUUUAAUUAGACAAAAUCUGUACAUUUUAAAUGCGUAUAUCUGGUAAAAGUACAUUUUGUCAAUAUUUUGGAGUACUCUAGGAUAUAGAGGGCCUCAAACAUAUUAGACAUGGGCCAAAACCACAAACUCUACUUUUUUUUCAUGGGGUCUUUAGCCAUGUUUUAGAGUGGUUAAAUGUAAAUUCCAAACAUUGCUGAAAUGCAAAGUCAGGCCAGGUAUGGCACUGUGAGGAAACAAGUGGAUCAAAAGAGUGCUACCACCACCUUUGAUAAACCGGUAUGGUCCAGUGUCUGGAAAAACAAUGUCGGAUAGUUACAUUUGUUUACAAACUUUAUUGUUAACAUUCAAAACAACACUAUGCUAAUUGAAUGAGCACAGACAGAUUUGUAUAUUUCAGAAUGUCUAAUUACACCACCAAAAUAGACACAGGAAAAGUUACAUUUCCAAAUACAUGUGCAUCACAACUCAAAACCAAUUCACACAUACACAGAUAAUGAACUAAUUUAGAUAUACUAAUAAUACAAAUUCAAACGGUGGAUAAAUGAAGUACAAUUCCGUCAAUUAAAGAACCACAAUAUCAGUCCUAUAAGAAGGGAGAAAAAGUGUGAGAUAAAGGUAUUAUUUACCAGAAAAUGAAAAUUAUCUCAUCAUUUUCUCAGCCUCAUGCCAUCCCAGAUGUGUAAAACUUUUUUUAUUUUGCUGAACACAAAUUCAAACUUUAGAAGAAUAUUUCAGCUCUGUAGAUCCAUACAAUGCAAGUGAAUGGGAACCAAAAAAUGUUUAACUCCAAAAAACAGAUAAAGUCAGAAUAAAAGUAAUCCAUAAAUUACCAUUUAAACAUGUCAUUAAUGUGAAUCAGCGCUUAGGUCCGUAGAGAACUUUUUACUAUCAAUCACCUCAAUUUCCCAUCAAUCUUUUGUUUUUGCGAUUCACAUUUUUCAUGCAUAUUGCCACCUACUGGGCAUGGAGUGGAAUUUAAAUAUUAAAUAUUAAAUCUGUCCCACCCACAGUUAUCAUUUCGCUUAUGAAGAUAUAUAUUCUUAGGGAUUACUUUUCAUUAUGGAGCUUCAAAAUUUUGGUACCUCUAUUGUGACCUACAUAGCUCAAAUAUUCUUCUAAAAAUCUACAUUUGUGUUCAGCAGAAGAAAGAAAGACAUGCACAUCUGGGAUGGCAUGAGGUUGAAUAAAUGAUGAGAAAAUGAUCAUUUUGGGGUGAACAAUCCCUUUAAGAGGUGGGAACAAGAUACUUAUCAGCACCAAGCCAGUCUCACAUACUGUCCAAAGUGGCAAACAAUAUCACAAACCAUCCACGCACAGGCUCAGCAGGUAAAAAGAAUCGCCACCAUAUUGGUGUAUCAGUAAACAUGCCCACUUAAAAUCCUCAAUCAUUACAGCACUAUACAACUCUCUAUAUAUAAUUCAAAUUAGGAGAAAUCAAAGAUAUUCUAGAGUAGGGUAGAAAGUUCAGCAACUGGAAGCAAUCCUUCUUUCCCUCUUCCCCCAAGACUCUUUCUUUGUUCUGUGCCACUUUAGCAAAGGUGCAAUACUGGGGGAAAAAUAUGUCUGAGAGAACAACCAGCCUGUCAAUAAUUACAUUUAUCAAUUCGGUAAAAUGUAGAUUUAGCUUGAAUUAAGGGGCUGGAAAAAAUGGCUUUUUGAAUGGCACUUUGAAUAAAAAGCCUUGUAUGUAAAAUCUGACAGCAGCACUGAGUUUAUCAAAGUGUACCUUUUGUUCCUUAGUCUUUACCUUGCUGUAAUUUAGAUGUGGUUGUAAUGUUGCCUUUUAUGUCAAUUUUCAAAAAAAUCAGGAUAUACUUGAGAAGGUCCCCUUACAAGUGGAUGCUUAUGUGACAGUAUGGCUUGAAUUUGGUUUUCAAUUAUUACGCAGAGCAAGGAAUUAACUACAACUGAGAUGUUAAGCUUGUAAACCUUUUUGUUGUGGAUGCUUGUUUUAAUGUGGAAUGUAUCUACAGUAUUAUGUCUUAAAGGAACAGUUCACCCAAAAAUGAAAAAAAUCAUGUUGUUCCAAAGCAUACAUAGCACAUGAGUCGAGUUCAUUUGUAGUGCUUUUCUAGUGUUUUUUGUCCUUUUUUGAGCUCAACAUAGUGGUGACUUAUGGACUGGAGUUGCAUACAAUAAAUCUGUGUACAGAUUCUUCACAAUUCUGAUUUUGGGUUCCACAGACACAACAGCUUAGGUUUGGAAUGACAUGACAGUUAUAGUAAAUAAAAACUACAUUUUCAUAUUUGAGUGAAUGGUUCCUUUAAACUGCCAACACUGGUCAGAUGCCACAGGUCACUAUUUGCUUUAUAUGAUACAGUUAACCAUCUGAUGCAUGCUAUUAGUUAGGUAGGAAAUGAAUUAAUUGUUUCUGUUUGUAUUCAAUACUCUGUUCUUAUGUACUGUGUGGGAGUAAAAUACUGUACUUGCUGUGGUACAUUCCAGGAAUUCAUAUUUCUUUGUAUCUGAAAUCUAGAUGUAUUCCAAGAUUUGUUAAAUAGCCAAGCUGUGGCAGAAAACAACCUAGAUGAUACUACUGUUGCAGAGCUAACAUUGCAUAACUUGAUGUUACUAACAAACUUCAUACCAUCCAUACCUACCUCGGAAAGAGAAAUUAAUGUUUUCAGUUCCCUAGUACACUACACUUGAAGGGACACUAUAUAACAAACUUACAACAUCUGCAAAUCCACAUUAUAUGCUAAAAAGCAGCUAUUAUAAUUAGCUGCAAGUGUUCUAACAAGCUUUCUGUGGGGUCAUAUUAUUGUCAACAUGAGAUAUACAAUGUAAAUGGAAUGUAUGUUGUUUGUCUUUGCAUGAUGCUCUUCAAAAAAAGACUGUGUCUCGUUUGGAAGGCUGUGUCCUCAGGAGGUCGCAUUUGUUGGCUGCAUACGUCAUUGAGGCUCUCUCAUUUCAGAAAAGUGAGUGGGACACUCUGAAUGCAGCCUUUGAAUGUGACCUUCUUUCAUGGGAAUUCGGAGGACGCAUGAGGUGAAUCCUUCGUGGGCACUCACAUCCCACAAUUCUUAUUUUCAACGAAAAUGUCUAUUCCCCAGUAAAUAUGAUGUUCAAAUGCAACUAAUGUUAAUUCCCAAGUUGAAGUACCUCAGUAGAUAGGUGCAGAGUAUAUCAUAUGUAUAAUUAUAUUAAUAUAUAAUUAAAAUUAAGUACUAGACUAAAAGUACACCUGUAAAAUCUAUUUUCCUUUCUCUCUACAUCAUUAUAAUUCGCCUAAAUUGUACUUCAUACAUUCCCUCGCGAUCAAGCGCUCGUGCUUGUUAAAGAGUGGUGUGCUAUCUUAGCAACCACAUUACGUUACGUUUCCAUUUGUACAACGAAGGCCAUCUCGUUUAAACGAUGCUUGUUUAAAGGAGUACACUCGGUAUACUGCAGCCUUCAAAGGAAGCAUCCUACCAAGCACGCAGCCUUCGAAACAAGACACAGACAUAGCAAGUGGAUUCCUUCCUGUAGUGAGCAAUUCUGUAAUUCACUCCACCUGGUUUCUAUUAAAAAUAUCCAGAUUAAAUGCAGAACAGACUUUCUGUUUUAUUGUAUCCCUUUAUAUCGUGUAUAAAUCAUUAUUAUAAUGACUGUUUUAAAAUAUAGACAAAAAUAUAGAUAGAUCUAGUUUUGUGGUCCAAGACAGGUGCACACAUCAUUACCACACAUCAAUCUCUAUGUGUUGUUGUCAUCAUUGUUGUUGUUGGUUGUUGUUGUGUUGUUGUUGGUUUUCUGAACAUUUGUCGUAGUUUAUCUGAAUCUAAAUAAAGACUAAAGUGUA